AUGCAGAACCGGACCUUGGGCUUCUGGGCCAAGUCCUUCAGUCGAUGGCAGGUCUUGCGAAAGCAGCAGGAGGUGUCAGAUCGUUGCACUGUCGCACAGUUGGAAAAGGUCUUCCAAGGCUUUGCGCGACCCAGAUGCUUGGAGUUGGGCAAACUCUUCGGAGGGGUCCGAUCUUUGUCACAGGUAUCCUUUGAAAAAACCUUUGUGUCCUUACCGGAGAUCUUCACAGCUGGUGUUUUAAUGUCGGAGAUCAUUUCAAGUACCAACAAGCUCCACUUUGUGUUUGGCCUUGUAGACCCGGAAGGCAAGACCAGCCUGAGCCAGAAGGAGUUCAGUAUCUUCAUUCAAAACUUCAUCCACGGCCUAAGCUGUGCCUUUGGACUUUGCAUCCCAUGCAGUGGCGCCAAGGAAGAGCCGAAGUCCACGGCGGUGAGCCGUGGCAACUUCAGUACCUUGCUGAUGCAGAGGAGACAUUCCUCUGCUUGGGCCAACUGCGAUGAGCAGCAUCGAAUCAGGUUUGCCCACGCACCCACUGCUGACUCCAUGACUUUGAUCGCUCAGCGGCUCUACACCAAGACAGGGAUCAGCCGGAAGGUGGCAAGGACAAUAGUGAAACUGCACAGUACGCUUCAGAACGAUGCAGACAAGGCAGCCUUGGUGGCGGCUGUAAAAGCUCGGCAGCAGUCAUCCUUGUCUGCGCGACCAGCGACCACCGCUGGGGUGCGAUCUGUGGAGCAACGCUUGCCGUUUCCAGUUCUUCUGGACUGGUGCUUUCGACUGGUACAGGAUCCGCUGGCCAUUCCCUAUGCUUUGGUCAUCGAGCGCUUUUGCCCGCGUGAGUCCAGCAAGGACGACAACCCAGAGAACUUUGAGGUGGACGAGAGUCACAUUUUUCACUUGAGUCCGGCUUCUGCUGCCGUGGAUGAGCGAGAAGCGGCUGCUGCACAAUACAUGCCUAGCCGGGCAGAUGUUCUUGCGGCAAGGUAUGUUUACAACUUUGCCGCGGAGCAAAAUUACUUCACUUUGACCCCUGCGGAACUGGAGCAUCAGAUGUCUGAGGCACGCCACACGGAUGUGGAAUACGCCGUUCGCUUGCAAACGGCUUGUGCUCAGGCAGAGGAGAUUCGCAGCAAGCAACGGAAACCAUCGUGGGCUGCUGAGAAAUUUCUCGGUUGUGUUCGUGCGCUUUCUGCGACUCCUUUACCCCUGGGCGAUGCCGAAGCAUCUCCGCAUGUUCGAGAGGCGUUUAAAACCAUGCCGGUGCUACCUCAGCAGGAAAAGGACAAAAUAAUGCAGGAUUUUGCUCGCUUGGACGUGGAGAAGAAAGGCUUCGUGGAGGUGGCUGAGUUGAAACGGGUCAUGGGUGGCAACGACGUGGUGACCGAUGCCUUGAUCGGCGAAUACGAUGCCUCCGGCGACGGAGUGAUCGACAAAAAUGAGUUUUUCGCUAUGAUGUGCCCGCCUGGCUACAAGAUGGAAACAUCUGAAGACAAAGAGGGAAAGAUGUUGUCUCAGCUCCUGCAAGCUUACAUGGAAGAGGAGCAGCAGAGAGUUUGCUUGGAAGAAGAACGCUUUGCCCCUGCUGGAAGGCUCCGGGCAGCAAGCGUUUCCCUGUCAGCUGCAAUGCCAAUUGUGUCAGAGGAGAAGUGGGAGCAGUGGAAUGCCAACUUUCGGCACUUGGACCAAGAUUCUGACGGCUUUAUCUCCGCAGAUGAUCUACGUUGCUUUCCUGGAGUUUUCCAUUCCAGCAAUGCACGCGACCUGACUGCACAUCUAUACGCACUUGCUUGGAGCUGCGGUACAGCAGGAUCAUCUUGA